GACAGCAACCUCGAUAGCGGCUCACACCUGUUUUGUUUUGAUUUGCGCCCAUCCGGAGCAGACAACAUGGCGAACGCCGAUCGCUGGCUGAUCGCUUUCCUUUUGGCUUGCUUCAUCAUCUUGUGUUGUUCCGAAACGUACACUUUCGAUCAAAAUAUCGGAGUGGCUUAUGAAUUCAAAAUCCAUGUGGACGCCGGCAAGGAGGAGUGCUUCAGUCAAUAUGUCCAUCCAGGAUCCACUUUCUACGUUGCUUUCCAGGUGAUGCGUGGCGGCGAUGGCAUGGCGGGCUUCGCCGUGCGACACCCCUCCGGACAACUGGUGCUGCCCUAUUUCUGGAAGCCGAGCGCCGAGUACGAGGAGCAGUCUGCGGAUCCGGGAGGAUACUAUCAUUUGUGCAUCGAUAAUUCUCUGUCUCGCUUCGCCUCCAAGUUGGUCAGCAUGUACGUGAAUUCGUUCAAGCGAGACAAGUGGGAAGACUACAUCAAAGAACUGGAAGAAACUGAUGUGACAGUCGCUAAUUUCACGAAUAUCCUCCAAACAGUAGACGGGCGGAUAGGAGAAAUGUUAAAGUACCAGGACCAGUCACGACGGCAGAUGUCAAAAGAUUGGUAUGUGGUGGAUGGAAACCACAGUUACGUGCAGACCUGGUCCAUUGCACAGUGUGCUGUCAUUUUCUUAACAUCAACACUACAAGUGUAUUUUGUACGCAAACUUUUUGAUACAAAAAAUGUAACACCCACAGCAAAACCAAGAGCUUAAUAUAUAAUAUAGUUUAUCAGAAUUAAUCAUUUAUAUGGCUUUCUGCAUUUUAAAAACAAAACCAAAUUAAAAGAAGUCUCUGUAUUAUUAUUUUUAAAAUGGAUCUUUAACUCAUUUUACAUCUAAAACAAUUAUUUUGAUAUAUAUCUGUGAUAUUGUUGUGUAAAAGUACAUUAAACGCAACUUUUUGUUUUUAUUCAUUUUAAAUGUUUUCAUUAGAUUAAAAUAUGCAUAAAAAAACCUUAAGUGAAAUUAAACACUCAACUUUUUGUACUUGGGUACAAAAAAAUUAAUAAAUAAAUAAAAUGUUUGUGUUACAACUAUUUCGCUCCUUAUGAAUAUAGAGAAAUAAAUUUUCUCUGAAAAAAAAAAAAAAAAAACAGUGAUAUUUAUGUAACUAAAAUUACACAUUACCUAUAAAAAUAAUAAAAUACAAAAAGUCUUUGCAUUUACAUUUCUUGAAUUUAAAUAUUUAUGUUUAUAUAUAUAUUUUUUAAAUUGCAUGCACAAAUGAUAUUUUACAAAAUCAAGUUUUAUUUCCAUUUAAAAGCACGGACUAUUUUUGUUUUUACAUCUAGCUCAGUCAACCUUGGAAUGAGUGAAAAGGAAAUCAUAAGGCAUCUUACUUUGAGAAGUUUUGACUUCAUACGUAGAUGUUUACUGCUCAAUUUUCCGAAUGAAAACUUAUUGCAUUUUUUUUAAAAAUAGGAUUUGUUAAAAUAAAUCAGAAUGGGAAUGAAAGUAUCAAUGUUAAAUUUCCUCAAAUAAUUAAAUAAAAAGAUCUUAAAUAGUAAAUGAGAACUAAUUUCUAAAGGUUACUGAAAACAAAAAUAUUGAUAAAUGCAUUACCAUAAUUCAGAGCUAUAAAUCUGAAAUGAAAUACUUUUAUAAAUGUAUUUUCAAAAUUUCUGAAACUAUCAAAACAUUUAAAAAUUAUUGUCAUUUUUUUUUCUGUAUUAAAAAAAUAUUCCUAACUUUUAAAAAAAAGUUUUGCUUGUUUAUUCUUAGAUGAAAUGACAUACUACAGUUGUUUCAAUGUUUGUCCAUUUUUUAUUCUAUUUUUGUACAUCCUUAUUUUCUUGCCAAAUAUAUCUUUAUGAAAUUGUAGAAGGGAAAAAAAAUUAAUGCAAAAAGAAUGCACAAAACUUUCUGAUGAUUUAUUUUUCAGCUCAUUUUGUAUGUUUCUCAUUGAUUAACAAAUAAAAUAAAAUAAACUGA